AUGAAGUGUCUGUGUUUAAUCCUGGCUUCGGUCGCCAUUGUGCGCGGAUACUCUAUAAAUGACAAUGAAAUUGAAACGGCACGUUUAAGGACAAGUGAUGAGUUACUCCAGAGUGUGAUGAGUGAUUGUUUCGAGGCUGAGUCACCGAUGACAUGUCUCAAAGUGAAAGUUCUCUCGUUCCUGGACACGAAGCUUGGCAAGAGCUCAGAAUCAGCAAGAGCCUUCGACGAUAAGAACAUCGAUAAAGUGAUCUUUGACCGCGCCGGCAAGGUUCUGCAGAGCGAGGACAUCAAAUUCCAACUCCCUGAGUUCCUGUUUGACAGUGCUGAAGUUUCCUACAGAGCUGAUAGGGGUCUGGAUGUGAAAUUCCCUGAAACUGAGAAUGAAAACGGUGCAGCUCGUGGCAUCUUGAAGAAGAAGUUGCUGCUGCCUGUCCUUCUGCUCCUCAAACUGAAGAUGAAGGCAUUAAUGCCAAUUCUGGUGGCUAUUAUUGGCAUCAAAUCGAUCAAGGCCUUAAUCCUUAGCAAGCUGGCAAUCACUCUCGUUCUUGGUUUCCUCAUCUACAACUUGAUAAUGAAAAAAGGAGCAGCCAUGCCCAUGAUGAUGAUGCCAACGGACGCCCCUCCUGCAUCCCAAUACGGUCCCCCGGCCUCUCAAUACGGACCACCAUCAACACCCGCUCCAUCAGCUCCUCAAGACUCCUACAGCCCAGCCUGGGAGCCUGCCAAUGGUGGUCCUUAUGCUAGGGUUUGGGAUCCUUCUCAACUUGCCUACAGUUCAUACUACCCUGGUGACUCCAGCUCAUCCGCAUCUUCGAACCCGUCACCCAGCUACUCCAGUGUUUCAUCCGCCUCGUCAUCGCUCUCUUCGUCACCAUCUUCAUCCACCUACUGA